CAUUAUUUCUAUUGGGUUCGUACUCACCGGACUUGCAAGUCCUCUACCUAACGAUUCCCCUCAGCUUCUUCAACGCGGCGGCACCUGUGGAGAUGGUUAUUAUUAUACGGUAAAUAGAAUAUUGAUUUUCCCAUGUUAUAUUCCAGUCAAACAAUGUACACUCUACAUCGGCAGUUAUUUGGUUCCUUAUGAAGCCAUUGGCUUUCAUCAAGGCGAAGUUCAUGUUGAUUUUAAUAAGUGUUACGGCUUCAAUUAUAAAACAACGCCAAUUAAGACUGUAAAGGUGGUUGUCCCACAUCACGGUACAAGUUAUGUGAAAGUCAGUUCUACACACAAGAGUUAUGACUAUUCAGAAGAACAUAGUUCUAGUUCUAGUACUAGUAGUCAUAGUAAGUUGCAUGUCACUUCGGAUAGUAAGUGUGAAAAUAGUAGCUGUGGAGUUGAUGGUUGUAAAGAUAACUGUUAG